AUGCUACUUCGUAUUGAUUCAAUUCUUUGGUUUAAACAUCAUAAACUUCAUACUAGUAAUACAGAGGACGUAAACCAAUUGUACCAAAUCGGUUCUGAUUACGCUGAAAAAGUUAAAACGGAAACUGUACAUUAUCCGAAAAUCUCAGAUGAAGGUAGCAUAGAACGAAUACCAAUCAGUAACUCAAGACCAAAAUGGUGCUCUAAAGAACAGAAAGGAGAAACAUGUCAACGGAACGAAAAGUGUCCAUGUUCUUAUGGACAUUAUCCAUGGUGUGAUAAUGAAAUUGGUGGCACGGGCCAGUGUACAACAAAGCAUUAUAUGAAAGUCAUUCAUACAUUAGAGAUCAAGAAAGAUGACAUACCUGUUUAUCAAUGUCGCCAUCGAAGCACGAAAUUAAAUCGACAACAAGCAUUUUGUCGAUUUGCUGUAGAUCCAAAUUUUUGGAUCUAUGCAGAUAAAGUAAGCAAAUCAUUAUCAUAUCCAUACUUUAUCGUGGCGGCACGAAAUGAUGCAACACCAGUGAUUACAUAA